AUGUCUGUACCAGUCCAAAAAGCUAACAGUCAAGAUACAAGAAUCAGUCAGAUGAGAAGAGAUUCUACUGUUUUGGGUCCAAUGAACAAGAUAUUGGUGGCCAACAGAGGGGAAAUUCCAAUCAGAAUUUUUAGAACUGCCCACGAAUUAUCCAUGCAAACAGUUGCUAUUUACUCCCAUGAAGAUAGAUUAUCCAUGCACAGAUUAAAAGCUGAUGAAUCUUAUGUCAUUGGUAAAAAAGGUCAAUUCUCACCAGUUGGUGCUUAUUUACAAAUUGAUGAAAUCAUCAACAUUGCUAAAAAACACAAUGUUAACAUGAUCCACCCGGGUUACGGUUUCCUUUCGGAAAAUAGUGAAUUCGCUAGAAAAGUCGAAGAAAACGGAAUUAUCUGGAUUGGUCCAUCUUACAAGACAAUUGAUGCUGUCGGUGACAAGGUUAGUGCUAGAACUUUAGCUAUUGAAAAUGACGUCCCUGUUGUUCCAGGUACCCCAGGUCCAAUUGAAACCGUUGAAGAAGCUAAGGCUUUUGUUGACAAAUACGGUCUUCCAGUUAUUAUUAAAGCUGCCUUUGGUGGUGGUGGUAGAGGUAUGAGAGUUGUUCGUGAAGGUGACGAUAUUGAAGAUGCCUUCAAGAGAGCCACUUCUGAAGCCAAAACCGCUUUUGGUAACGGUACUUGUUUCAUUGAAAGAUUCUUGGUCAAGCCAAAACAUAUUGAAGUCCAAUUGUUAGCUGAUAACUAUGGUAAUGUUAUCCAUUUGUUUGAAAGAGAUUGUUCUGUUCAAAGAAGACACCAAAAAGUUGUUGAAAUUGCUCCAGCAAAGAGUUUGCCAAAACAUGUCAGAGAUGCUAUUUUGACAGAUGCCGUUAAGUUAGCAAAAAGUGCCAACUACAGAAAUGCUGGUACUGCCGAAUUCUUGGUUGAUGCUCAAGACAGACAUUACUUUAUUGAAAUUAACCCAAGAAUUCAAGUUGAACAUACCAUCACUGAAGAAAUUACUGGUGUUGAUCUUGUUGCCGCCCAAAUUCAAAUUGCUGCUGGUGCUUCAUUACAACAAUUGGGAUUAUUACAAGAUAAAAUCACCACUAGAGGUUUUGCUAUUCAAUGUAGAAUCACUACUGAAGAUCCAACCAAAAACUUCCAGCCAGACACAGGUAAAAUUGAAGUCUAUAGAUCUGCUGGUGGUAAUGGUGUGAGAUUGGAUGGUGGUAACGGGUUCGUUGGUUCUAUUAUCUCCCCUCAUUAUGAUUCCAUGUUGGUUAAAUGUUCUUGUUCUGGUUCCACCUAUGAAAUUGCUCGUAGAAAGAUGUUGAGAGCAUUGAUUGAAUUCAGAAUCAGAGGUGUUAAAACCAAUAUUCCAUUCUUGUUGGCUCUUUUAACCAACGAUAUCUUCAUUAAAGGUGACUGUUGGACUACUUUUAUCGAUGACACUCCAUCCCUUUUCCAAAUGAUCAGUUCUCAAAACAGAGCCACUAAGAUGUUGUCUUAUUUGGCUGAUCUUGUUGUUAAUGGUUCUUCCAUUAAAGGUCAAGUUGGUUAUCCUAAAUUGGAAACUGAACCUGUUGUUCCAGAUAUUCACGAACCAAAAACUGGUAUUGUCAUUGAUGUUAACAACACUCCAGCUCCACGUGGUUGGAGACAAGUCUUGCUUGAAGAAGGUCCAGAAGCUUUUGCUAAGAAAGUUAGAGCUUUCAAAGGUACUUUGAUUACUGACACCACAUGGAGAGAUGCUCAUCAAUCCUUGUUGGCCACCAGAGUUAGAACCAUUGAUUUGGUUAACAUUGCCUCCACUACUGCCUUUGCCUUGAAUGGUGCAUUUUCAUUAGAAUGUUGGGGUGGUGCCACUUUUGAUGUCUGUAUGAGAUUCCUUUAUGAAGAUCCAUGGGCAAGAUUAAGAAAAUUAAGAGCUUUGGUUCCAAAUAUCCCAUUCCAAAUGCUUUUGAGAGGUGCCAAUGGUGUUGCUUAUUCUUCCUUACCAGAUAAUGCCAUUGAUCAAUUUGUUAAAGAAGCUAAAGACAAUGGUGUUGAUAUCUUCCGUGUCUUUGAUGCUUUGAACGAUUUAGAACAAUUGAAAGUUGGUAUUGACGCUGUCAAGAAAGCUGGUGGUGUUGUUGAAGCUACUGUUUGUUACUCUGGUGACAUGUUGAAACCAGGUAAGAAAUACAACUUGGAAUACUACUUGAAUGUUGUUGACGAAAUUGUCAAAUUGGGUACUCACUUUUUGGGUAUUAAAGAUAUGGCUGGUACUUUGAAACCAGCCGCUGCCAAGAUUUUGAUUGGUGAAAUCAGAUCCCGUUACCCAGACUUGCCAAUUCAUGUCCAUACCCAUGAUUCUGCUGGUACUGGUGUUGCCUCAAUGACUCAAUGUGCUGUUUCAGGUGCAGAUGUUGUUGAUGCUGCUUCCAACUCUAUGUCUGGUAUGACUUCUCAACCUUCUAUCAGUGCUCUUUUGGCUUCCUUUGAAGGUUCCAUUGACACCGGUCUUUCUGAAUCUAUGGUUAGAGAAUUGGAUAACUACUGGGCUCAAAUGAGAUUAUUGUACUCUUGUUUCGAUGCUGAUUUGAAGGGACCAGAUCCAGAAGUUUACCAACACGAAAUUCCAGGUGGUCAAUUAACCAACUUGUUAUUCCAAGCUCAACAAUUAGGUUUAGGCUCUCAAUGGGUUCAAACCAAAGAAGCUUAUAAAGUUGCCAACUCCAUUUUGGGUGAUUUGGUUAAAGUUACUCCAACUUCUAAAGUUGUUGGUGAUUUAGCUCAAUUUAUGGUUUCUAACACUUUAACUGAAGAAGAUGUCAAUAGAUUAGCUGCUGAAUUAGAUUUCCCAGAUUCUGUUUUGGACUUCUUCCAAGGUUUGAUGGGUACUCCAUAUGGUGGAUUCCCAGAACCAUUAAGAACUAACAUUUUGGGAUCCAAGAGACAAAAAUUGAAUGAACGUCCAGGUUUGACUCUUCCACCAGUUGACUUUGUUGGUAUUAGAGAAGAAUUGAGUUCUCGUUAUGGUGGUCAAAUCACUGAAACUGAUAUUGCUUCAUAUGUCAUGUAUCCAAAGGUUUUCGAACAAUUCAGAAAUAUUAUUGACAAAUAUGGUGACUUGUCUGUCUUGCCAACUAAAUACUUCCUUAAACCAUGUGCUAUUGGUGAAGAAUUAAGUGUUGAUAUCGAACAAGGUAAAACCUUGAUUAUCAAGUUGUUGGCUGUUGGUGAUAUUUCUGACAAGACUGGUAACAGAGAAGUUUUCUUUGAAUUGAAUGGUGAAAUGAGAUCUGUUUCUGUUGAAGAUAAAGCUGCUGCUGUUGAAACCAGAGUUAAACCAAAGGCUUCUUCACCAAACGAUGUUGGUGCUCCAAUGGCCGGUGUUGUCAUUGAAAUCAGAGCUCACAGACAUCAAGAAGUUAAGAAAGGUGAUCCAAUUGCUGUUUUGAGUGCCAUGAAAAUGGAAAUGGUUAUUAGUUCACCAUGUGAUGGUGAAGUUGGUGAAAUUGUUAUUCAUGAAGGUGAUUCAGUUGAUGCUAAUGAUUUGAUUACUAACAUUAUUCAACAUUAG